UUUAACUGGCAUAAGAGCAGUGCACCGCUAGCUGUGGAGGAGCGGGGAGCGCAGGGGUUUUUUCUGACGAAUGCGGGAGCUGAGAGAUGGGAGCUAAGGAGUCCCGCAGCCCAUCCAGAAUGCUCCAGCAGGAACGCCCCAACAACGCCACCUACGGUGCGCCCAUGUCCUCCACCCUGCGGUUGCUCAGCAACAACUCCCAGCAACAACAGCUCAACAGGAAGCUGGAGAAGGACAGCAACUUCAACUUCCUGGGGGAGAAUGACAGCACCAACAACUAUGAGACCACCAGGCUGGGUGGAGGCGGAGACGAGAAUCGCAACCAGGUGAGGCCUCGGUCGCUGGGGCCCAUGGGCCGAGAGCAGUCCUCCACCACCACCACCAUCAGCACCCAGCAGCACCAUGUGGGUAUGCUGACCAUGGGGCCUCUGUCGCCCCUCUCCCGCCUGCCCUGCUGGCGCCCUCUGGAGCCUCUGGAGGAGGUGGAGAGCGGGGACGACGCAGGAGGACGCGUGCCCCCGGACGGGGCGGAGGAAGGCCUGGUCGACGAGGAGAUGAGGAGGCUGAGCGACGACGGGGAGAAGGAGGAGGUGGAGAAGGAACUGGAGCUGUACUCUCUGGGCUCCAGCUCGAGGGAUUACGGAAGAGAGCUGGGGGAAGAGGAGGAGGAGGAGGAUGGGCUGGAAUGGGGUGACAGCGACGACGAAGAGUUUGCCUUCAGCUCCCACAGCUGCAGCGCGUCCUCGCUGGCCGACGCCGGAGGGGAGUCUGGAGGGCUGGGCAGCCUGAGCUCCACGUGGGACCGCCUCUGCAUCGGGGACCAGAGCGGGAGCGUCAGCAUCCGGAGCAUCAGCAUCAGGGGGAGCGUGGAGGGAACAGAGCCUGGGACGGAGGGCCGAUCGGAGUCGGAGUCAGAAUGGGACGCCGGCCUGGAGGGUGGCGAAGGCUUUGGUGUCGGCCUGGGUGAUGGUGAUGGCGCUGGUGACGAAGGCGACGAUGUUCUGGAGGCCCUGUGGAGUGCCCAGGACCGGCAGCGCUUCAAGGAGCAGGAGAUGCAAAAGCACCAGAUGCAGCUGACCAUGUACCGGCGGCUGGCUCUGAUCCGGUGGGUGCGGACCCUGCAGGCCCGCGUGCAGGACCAGCAGAACCGGCUGCAGGACAGCUUCGACGUCAUCCUCACGCACCGCAAGGAGCUGCUGCGCAUGGGGGCGGCGACUGCUGUGACCACGGCAACCGCCAGCCACUGAGAUGAGAGAUGUGGCCGGCUGCCCUCAAAACAAGAUGAGAGAGAUUUGCAGCCAGCCACUGAGAUGGUGCACAGUAAAAAAAAAAUGCAGUGUUAAUUCAACACUGAUAGCAAGUAACAUUCUAAGAUGUUAAAUCGACUGUCUAAGUGAUGAAUUACCACUGUGUUUUUAUUGUGUCGGUCAGGGUUGCCCCAAAACAAGAUAAGAGAGAUUUGGGUGAGAGUGCAUUUGAGAUCCAGGGGUGAUAUGAAAGAGUUUUUCUGAAAAUGAGAGAGACCAGCCAGGGUUACACACAGUAAAUAGUAAAGACAGCAGUGGUAAUUUGACACUUAGAGAGUAGGACAAACUAGAAGAGGGUAAAUUAAAAAUGUCACACUUUGCGUUUUGAAUUAACACUGCAAAUUUACUGUCAGAGAAUUAGGCAGGGAUAUUCUUGGGGGGAAAAGUGUUGCUUUGGACCAACCUGACAAAAAUGUGGGCGAACAGCUGCUGCUUUAAUGCCUUUUUUAAGUUGGUGUAACAAACAUAUAAUAAUGCCACAUAUAUUUGGAAUGUACAUGGCAUUGUGUUGUUAAACCAACAAACAAAGAUGUAAGCAUCGUGUUUGCCUAUUCACUUCGUUCUGGGAUUCCCUUUUUCACAGUGCACCACCUGUUUAUCUGGAGGGGGGGCUGUGGUUCUAAGAGGCAGGUUAACACACUUCUUGUGUGUGUUCGCACAGAACAAAAAUAACUAAAUAUUCCACUAGAGAAGUGUAAGAAUUAAAUCAAAGUUGUCUUGCUAUGAAGCAAUAAGACCCUUCCUUUUAAAGAGACCACUUUUUCCAAGUUAACUAACUCAAAGUAAUCAAAGGUGGCCACUUCAGAGAAUCAAAAAGAAACCCUGCCAUGUACUAUAUCCAGGGCUCUAUAGUAACAUCCUCCAACCGGCCUAAUGCUGGUGAAAACUCAAUUUAAGGGAACCAUUUUCAUUGGAGGGCCACUUCACAUUUUAUAACAUCCUCCACUGCACUUUAGGCUUUUACUGAAGGUGGCUACCUUUACAACAGACCCCACUUUCACUAACUUUCAAAUAUAACUUAAUUAUAUUGCAAAUGUAAUUUCUAAGAUUCUUUUACAAAAGAUGUCAUAUUUCAUAUGAAACUGUAUAACAUUAAAAUUAUAUUGGGGGCCGGAUAAGACAGCCUCCAGGGUCGUAAACGGCUCUCAAAACAUACAGCAAUUUCCCCAUCCCUGAUGUACAAUCACUGGCUUGAAGUGUAAACAUGACGUCACAUCCCAGAUCAGAGUGGGUUUUUUUAAGAAUAAACUAACACAGGGUUAUUAAUACAGAUGAUUUAGCCAAUGUACGUAUUAGAAUCAGGUGGUACAGAAAAAAACUGCUGUAUUUUUCUCACCUUGGGAGUAUUCCAAGAACCAAGAGCAUGGUUAAGUGAUGAACCUGGCUAAAUAAAUCUGCAUGAAGUGGAAAAUCUGCUAAUAGAUAGACCACAGGUGUCAUUUAGUAAAGAAAAUAAGGACUCUGGGCUCUUCUAUUAGAUGAUUUACCACUACCUCAAGGUUAACUUAACCUGGAUUACUACUUAUCCAAGUUCUUGGCAUACUCCCCUGGGUUAGUCACUAAACCACCUGGCAUAGUACACACUGCCCAAUAAGAAAGCACACUGUUAAUGACCACUAAACGGAAGUUACAGCCAAAGACACAAGGACCAGACCUUGCUCUGUGAUAAUGCUCUACUAGUUUCGCCCUUGUCCUUUCGGUCGUGCAGGGCCUCAAUGCCCCCAUUCAACUUCUAGAAAUGGGUGCAGCCACUUGCAGUCAGAAAUGCAUUCCGUGGUGAAAAUGUUGCAUGACGGUUAUCUCUUCUAACUCAAUUAGGAGUGCAAUGACUCAGUGGGCGACGGUGUCUUACCAAUACGUUGGGGACCCGGAUUCAAUCCUGACGCAAGGUCAUUGCCUGUUCCCCAUUUCUCUCUCCCCGUUCACCCCCCCCCCUCUCUCUCUAUUGUCCUUUCAAGGCACAAAGAGGCCCAUAAAAUAAAUUUGAAAGAAAGCACAAUAACUACCUAUCAUGCCAUAUUUUCAGCCUAGAGUGCAUGUCUAUCUGCAUGUGGCCACGACCAUGUGGCUGCAUCCAAGUUGCAUGAGGCCACUGUCAUUGAGAGUGUGGUGACGUAGGCUAGUUACUAUCUGUUGAGUGACACCUACAGUAUUCUAUGUGCUCCUGGAAUUUUAAAUAUGGCUCAGUCUGAAAUGUUUGCUCAUUCAUUACACGCAUAGCACUAUGUAGGUAACAGCAUAAACAACAUAAUGUACUGUACUCCAUGUAGCCUAGUGCUCUGUGUAGAGAAUGAGAAAAUAUUUCAGACAUAGCCUGAAUGACAGCAUGGAUUUGUAUGUGUUUUGUGUCACUGUGUGAGUUUGAGACUGCAUGUGUGUAAUGUGACUGAGUGUGAGAGAGCAGAGUGGCAGAGACAAUGUGAGUUUGUGUCCACCUGCCUGUUUGUGUGUCCCUGCCUGUUUGUAUUGUAAGUCUUUGAGAUUGAAUUCUGUUCCCGGCCAAAAUCCUAGACAGAUAUACUGAAAUAACUUUAUAAAUAAUAAAAUAUAUCAGAUUAUAUUAAAGUUUAUCGAAGAGCUUAUAUAAAAAUGUACCCAUAUAAUGUUAAAUAAAGAGAAUAAU